AUGUGGGGGUCAAUAUUGCGGCGCGUGAUUUCGCACUCCCACCAGCAAUCUCGAAGACUCUCCGGAGGGCCGUGGUUGAUGCUUCCACCGGCGCGGUCAGGGAAUACGGCGGCGUACAAUUUAUACUCUCCCGUGAAGGGACAAGUAGUGAGCUUCAACAUCAACGGCAAUGAUGAGACAGUAGAGGUUAUGCAGGACCCCGCAACUAGGCUGGUGGGUUCGUCGCACGGCUGGCUAGCUCUGUUCAACCCCCGCCGCAGGGUCUUUUUCCUGUCGAAUCCCCUCUCCGGUUGCCGUAUAGAUCUUCCGCACCCGCCCACCGACUUUAUCGUUCCUCCUCUCAAGGUGAUCGUCUCGUCGUCCUCUCCCGACGACGACGACUGCCGUGCCUUGAUGAUGUUUGACUCUGAUGCAUAUUCCUAUGUUUGCCGUCCCGGCCGCAGCGCAUGGACUCUCUUCGGCAAAUUUGCUUACGAAGAUUUCGUCUACUCCGCCGCACGGAAACGAUUUCUGUGCGUGCUGCAAGAUCAAUUUAUGCACGAUUCCGACGACGAGGAGUUGGAGCCGUGGGACUUGGAGUGCUGGAAUGUUGUACAAGAGCCAGAACCAACGAUCGAUUGGAAGGUUGAGACGUUGGAUUCUGAUUUUCUUCAUAAGCAAAUGAGAGAGGUUAGUUUCCGCUUCAAGCGGUACAUGAGAUACCUGGUAGCCGACGCCUACGUCGUCACGCGCUAUUUCAACUGGUACAAAAAAUAUGAGAAAACGGUUGGAUUUGAUGUGCAUAGAAUCGGCAAGGGCGUAGCGUCGCGUUACAUGGAGGGCAGCUUGGAUGGGCUGGUGAUGUUUGUCGGAGUCAACGAGUCGUUUGCGGUGGCGGCGUCGGAGUUCCCGGAGUUGCAGCCGGAUUCCAUUUACUACACACACAACAGCUUCUACGACGAUGGUGAUGUGUAUGGCGGUCACGAUCUUGGCAUUUUUGAUUAUCGUAACAAGACUUGGUCUCCUUGCUAUUAUCCCUGCGACCCUUCAAGUUUCAAAAAGAUUCAUCCACCACCUAUAUGGUAUACUCCCAACGCACCACUAUAUAAUUAAUUUUCCUCAAUUUUUCUUUAUCUGUGUAUCGCGCGAUUCUAGUACUAUGAUGUUUUCUAGCUAGUAUUUUAAUUUUUUAUCUUCAGUUCGCGGAUUCAUUAUUUUCUCAUGUUUAACUUAUUGCACUCUC